UGUUAAGUUUACAGACAUUUCCUUCAACCCUAAAACCCAACACAAUGCAAUGUAUAAUUCAAAAUAUUGAUAAAACGCCUGUGAAAAAAUCAAUACAGUAUACUUCCUUUAUAUUAAAGGGGUCAUAUAAUGCCCAUUUUCCACAAGUUUAUAUUAUUCUUUAGGGUCUUAAUGAAAAGUCUGUAACACAGUUUGGUUAAAAUGUCUCAUUGGUAGUGUAAAAAACACCUUUUUCACCCUGUCAAAAACAGCUCUUGUCAGAGCAAGCGGUAUUGUGUCAUUCUCCUUUAAAUGUUAAUGAGCUCUGCUGACUCCGCCCCUCUCUUCCCAGCCGCUCUCUGAGGGACUGUUUACUUUAGCAGCAUUCAUCGUGAAACUUGCUAAUUAGCACAUUAUUAGGAAAGGCCAUUUGCAAAGAUUCAUUUAAAAAACCUUGUACUCAUUUUUUCUGGAGGUGAAGCUGGAUCACGAAUGAUUCGCGCGAACAUAGACGCAUUUAGGUAGAUAGAGGGCGCAUUCCCUUCAGAACAAAACCUAACCCUCUUCAGCUGCUCAGAUGUCGGGAGUAAAUGACUACUGCUAUGUUCAUUAUUACAUCCAACAACAAAACACCUUAAUCGCUUAGGAGUCAUUCUUGUCUACACCUGCUGCGGCAGUCAAACAACUGAUGACAGCUCACUCAGGGCAGGUCUGAGAACUGUGCUCUGUAAAAACCCAGCCUUGACUGCCAUUCCAGUAGAUCUGCCAAGUGAUGCAGUCAAGUUUCGUCUAGAGCGCACCUCUGUUUCCAGGAUCUUCAGAGGUGCUUUCUCUGCCAUGCCAGAACUGCUUUAUUUGUGGCUUACAUAUAACUCCAUCACUGUUCUUCAUCCAAAGAGUUUCACAAACCUGUCUUUCCUUCAUGAGUUACGAUUGGAUGGGAACCUCCUGUCCUCCUUCCCUUGGGAGGGACUCAGGGAUGUGCCCCGCCUCCGAACACUUGGACUGCACAAUAACCGCCUGGCACGAAUCCCACCCCUGGCUGCGCGUUACCUUGCUAAUGUGACUUACCUGGACCUCUCGAGCAACAGACUGAGCACCCUGCCCAACGAUCUGACUGCUCUCUGGCCGUUCAGUGACAGCACUCAGACCCAGCGCUCAGUGGUUUUAGGUCUUCAGGACAACCCCUGGGUGUGUGACUGUAGGCUUUCCACGUUGCUUGACAUUAGUAAAGCCCCAGAAACUUCUCUGGUCCUGUUGGAUCGCUUCCUGACCUGUAGUGAACCACCGGAUCUUGCUGGAGUUCCCUUUCAGAGCGUGGAGCUCACUCGCUGCCGCAGGCCCUAUGUGGUGACCUCUGCCACCAAGAUCACAGCUCUACUGGGUAGUAAUGUCCUACUUCGCUGUGAAGCUACAGGACACCCGACCCCAACACUUACGUGGAUCAAAUCUGCCAUACCCAACAUUUAUAAACAAGGUUGUUGUAAGCAGAUGCAAAGCAGUAUGGACAUUGAAAGAUUGCCCAGAAAACUUUCUGGCUAUGUACAAGAGUCUCCACGUGUGGGAAUCCGCUGGUCAGCAGUCAGUCUGAAUGGAAUAUCGUAUAGCGAUGCAGGGGAGUACCGGUGCAGAGCACAAAACAUGGCAGGGAUAUCAGAGGCCAUUGUCAGUCUGAAUGUGGUCGGGGUAAUGGCUGAAUAUGCAGACUCCAAAAACUCUGACCAACAGCAAACAGCUGCAAAAUCAAACAAUACAAAGAGGAAACCCAACCAGAAAUCUAAGGCGAUACUUUCUUUGUUACCUCGAAACAUGACUAGACCACUCUCCCCUCCAAAGAGAGUCAUGAAAAUCCCCAAAGCCAGCAGAGACAAAAUGAAAAGAGACCGGACAGCUGUACAGAGCCUGCCACAGAGACACUUUUUGAUCGCUUCUGAAAAUCCACUGCACAGAAGACAAAAACCUCGUGUCUCCAUGUCAGUUCACACCUGACACAUUCAAAUUAUGUAUGUAUAUUUUCAGGAAGUUUCUUUUUUUCACAUGAAUGACCAUAAUCUUGUGUAUAUUUCCUUAACGGAGAGGUUGUUUUUCAUUAUUUACUCAGCUAUGACCACCAGAUGGCAGCUCUGAGAUAAAGACACUUCAGGACAAAAAAGUGAACCAGUGAACUGCAAUUGUACUUUUGAAAAUUGUUCAAAUUGAUUUCCCCUCACAUGAACCACUAGUCACAUCAGUAGUCUAAUAAAAGUCACAUACAGUACAACAGUAUUAGGCUUGUAGAUGACCUAUUGUCAUCCAUAUACAGUAUUGACAUAGGCUACAUUAAGGAUUACUGAAAAUGAAUGCUUUCUAAAAAUACCUCUUUUGUAAUGUGUAGCUGGCCAUAUAUGCCUGAUAGAUCCAAGUGAACAGCAGCUGUUGACUAACACACUAAGUGUCACAGUAAGGGCUAAAAAAGGGCCAAGAUGACCAUUUUGCUGAUCUAAUUUCGUCUGCUAGGGCUUUUAUAGUGAGUCAAAUAGAGUGAUGAAAUUCAGUGAGCGAUUAUUCAUCUUAACAGCUGUAACAGUUUCCCAUCUUUCUUUUAUCAUACACCCAGAUAAAACAUUUACAGUACCGUUGUUACCACUCCUUAUUAUUUUACAUUUACCAGAAAGGUUUUGCACAAACUGAUGAUAGCAAAUGAUGAUGAUAACUGAUUUAACUAAGUCUUUCACAUCUACAUUGCAGCACUCCUAUAAAAAAAAUCCUGAUUACUCCUGUAAAAUAUUACACCAUAUUCACGAUGAGAAACUUAUCAAGAAUUUGCCCUGAGCAGCCCCAAAACACUAAGCGCAAUUGCAAUAGUCAGUUUUUGAGAUGUUUUUUUUUUUAGAAAAGGCGAUUCAAACUCACACCUGAUUGUCAUCACACUAAAUAGUAACAUCUAGCUCAAAUGACCAAAACAUAAUUAUCCAAAUUUUUACUUUAAAUUUAUUGAAUCCACUUUGAUGUAAUAUUCUUACAUUUGAAGCGAAUUCAAUAAAGACAUGCAGUAAAUUAUUCCGUUUAGUCUUUAUGGAUCCAUGUGCUUCAGAUGAGAGUCAGAUUUUAGGGCAGAUUAUUCUAAAAAACAGAUGCCAAAGUUGGCCUGUGAUGCUCUUUGUAUUGGCCUGUCAUGCCCUAUGACAAAAAGGGGGAAAAAAACAUGUCGCAUAUUAUUAUCUAUGUUUUGUUUGUGCUUUGAAAUGUGUAGAAGUGCAUUUUAUUUUAAUAAAAUAUGGUUGGAUAUAA